CAGACUGGUAUAAAAAGGUUUGUCCUAUUAAGAGAAAAACAUAUAAAGUGUGUAUCUUCAAGCUAAAAAGACGUGUAGAUUAUUCGACAAAAUGCAUCCAAGUAUUGUAUUUUUAUUUGCGACAGCAGUGGUGUUUGUGAAUGGUCAGGGUAUACCAAUAAAAACAUGCCCUCCUGGCGAACACUCUGUGCUGUACUGCCCACGCGUGGAGGAACCAUCAUGUGUCAAUUCUGACGUUAACAACUUGCCUACAACAUUGGGAGCGUGUGACAUCCCCGACUGUUUCUGCGAUGUGCCUACAGUUCGAAAUUUGAAAACAGGAAAAUGUAUACCUGUAUCUGAAUGUUGAUAAUUUGAAUCGAUUUAAUAAUAAUUCGACAUUCGAUAUUCAAAAA